AACAUUUGUAAUUGCUUAUAGCUAGUAUUAAUAAUUUUUGUAAUUCCUAAUACAAGAUUAACUAAUAAUAUCAAUAAAUGGCAUGGCUUGAAGACCACCAUAACAGAAUUCCGUCAUCAUCAAAACGUCUUGGUGCUGUACUUUAUUGUAAAACUGGAUGUGGAUUUUUUGGAAACCCAGCAUGGGAAGGGUAUUGUUCAAAAUGUUUUAAGGAAGUAUCAUUUCAAAGUAAACCUGGUUAUGAAGAAUUGCUAUCUGCACCUAUUCCUGAGUUAGAUAUUUUAUCAACGUCUGAAUCUAAUGUAUCUCAGUUAAAGUUCGAUAAGUUUGAAGAAAAGAAAAAGCAGAAACAGGAAUCCAAGAGGGAUAGCAUAAAAAAGUUUUUUACAAAAAGUCCAAAUGUCAAAGUAGAAGCUCAAAGCUACACAGAUUCUGGAAGAAAGCUAAAGUUUGAUGUUGCAAAAGAAGAAAUUAUGACAACAUCUCGAGAUUUUAUUGAUUUUCUGAAAGCUUUAAAGAAACCUGCUUCCAAAGAUAUAAAAGAUAGAUGCAACAGGUUUAUUAUUGGUAUUUUGCAAAAUCAGGAGCUUUCUGUACAGCAACAGAGUUUGAUUGUUCAGGAUUUUUAUGUGAAAAUGGGAAAUCAUAUUCAGUCCCAUCCUUCAUUUCGUGAUUUGCCUGCAGAAAAACUUGAGCGUAUGAUGGAUAACAUUGAAAAAUAUAUUAUGACACAUAUUUAUAAAAUUGCAUUUAGUCAGCCAUCAAGUGAUGACGAGAAAAAAGAUAUUUCUAUCCAAAAAAAAAUACGCAGCUUACAUUGGGUCACUUAUGAACAGCUUGAAGUUAAUAUUGACCUAAACAAUUCGGAUGUCCAGAAACUUUUAAACAAAGCUUUUCAAGACUUACAAGAGAUGAAUACUAAAAGAGCUCCUCAAGAUAAGUUAGCCUGUAUUGUUAACUGUAGCAUUGCAAUAUUUCAGAUGCUUCAAAUUGCUCAAAAUGAACUCAUUGCAAGUGCUGACGACUUUCUACCUGCUCUUAUUUAUGUUGUUUUGAAGUGCAAUCCAACCUUGCUACAUUCAAAUAUUCAAUAUAUAACUCGGUUUUGUAAUCCAAGCAAAUUAAUGGCUGGUGAAGGAGGUUAUUAUUUCACAAAUUUGUGUUGUGCAGUUUCGUUCAUUACCGAUAAUUUAGAUGCGCAGUCGUUAAAUAUAUCUGAAGAUGAAUUCAACAGUUAUAUGAAAGGAGAAAAACCAAUCCUCAGACCGAAAAUAAUCCAAAAGAAAUAUGCAGUUACCUGUGAAGGUCUACAACAAAUGCAGUUAAACUUAGAAGAAAUUGCCGAGUUACGUGAAUGCCAAGCAAAAACGCUUGAGGCUUCUCGUGGUUUUCGCAAAGAAAUGAACUUGUUUAAAUCCGAAUUUAAUUCACAGUUGAAAGCAAUCAUGGAAAACAAGUAUAAUUUCGAUUGUUUCGCAACAUUGUUACAAAAAUCUAUGAAGCAAACGGAAAACAGUAAUGGAGAUAAUCUACCUACGGAAAUAAAACAAGAAAAUUUAUUUUUUGAUAGCUUAAGUUUCGAAGAUGAAUCAAAAAACGAUAUUUUUUCUUUUGAAAAUCCUAAAACGUUAAACAUAUUGACGAACGAUAAUGAUUCAAUUUUCGAUAACAAACAGUCAGUUAAUUUCUCGACACCUCCUAGUGACAUUUGUGCCGACAACCUCGAAUUAAGUAACUCGUUAAACCCAGACACUCACGCUAAUCUAACUACUUUUGAAAUGGAUAGAAACAAACAAACAGGAUUGUUAAUUGAUAUUUAAAAAAAUAAAAAAUUACACCAUUAAAAGGAAUUUGUUACAGUUCAUGGCUUUUCUCAACAAAAACAUUUUUCAAAUUAAAAACUGUUUAUAUUAUAUUUUUUAUUGUGUUUGGUUGCUUUAUAAAAAUGUUUCAGUUACGCCUCAAAUUAUGAUGUUAAAUUAAAGUUACUUUUUUAAACA